AUGGACAACGGACUCUCCAGAAGACACGAAAUAUCAGAGCUACUACAACUAGUAGACAGCACAACAACAAGGGCAUUCCACACCUCAAAUGGAAGCCCCAAGUCUGACUGUCGUGAUGACAACAAACCAUUGAAGCGGUAUGAAGAGCUGUUCGGUAGCUUCUCAGCAGAAGGUCUUGGAACAUCUGGCUUCAAGGAUGCCAUUGAUCUCAUCAGCCGUAACUCAGUUGACAACGCGUCACCUGGCUUUCUGGGUAAGCUCGUCUCAGCUCCUUCUGCUCCAGGCAUUGCUGCAGAUCUGUUUUUGUCCAUCUUGAACAACAACGGACAUGUUCAGCGAGCAGGUCCUGCCCUCACAGCGAUUGAGAAGCAUACCAGUCUUGAGCUGGCCAGGCUUUUCGAUCUUCAAGGACCUCAUGCAGGAGGUGUCACCGUCCCUGGUGGAGCUGCUGGAAAUCUCAUGGCGAUGCUUGUUGCACGGAACAUAGUUGCUCCAGAGUCAAAGCAACGAGGUCUUACACCUGGAGAGUAUGCCAUCUUUGUCUCAGACGCCGCACACUAUUCAGUCUCAAACUCGGCCAAUGUUAUUGGUCUUGGAAAUGACUCCAUCAUUCGUGUUCCUGCACUGGAUGAUGGAACCAUGGAUCCUGAUGCUCUCCAACGAGCUGUUGAUCAAGCCGGAAAAGAUGGCAAGAAGCCACUUCUGAUUGCAGCCACUUCUGGAAGUACAGUCAAUGGUGCUUUCGAUCCUCUCGACAAGAUCGGCGAGAUUGCGCACAAAGUCGGGGCAUGGUUCCACGUCGAUGCUUGCUGGGGAGGAGGUGUUGUAUUCUCCGAUAAGCUGAAGCAUUUGAUGAAGGGAAGUCACCUUGCGGACAGCAUCGCUUUCAACCCUCAUAAGCUGCUUGGAGUCCCUCUUGUUUGUGCAUUCCUUUUGGUCAAUGACCUACGGACGCUGUGGUUGGCCAACAAGCUCAAUGCUGGCUAUCUCUUCCACGAUGAUACUCCCAAGAAGAAUGGCGUUAGUUCUGAACAGAGUGCCAACACGAACGGGAGCGGAAAGAAGAGCUGGAGACAGUCCAAGCUUCUUGACACCGCACCUGACGUCAGAAAGAUCAACGAUCUCGCUUCAUUGACCAUCCAGUGUUCUCGUCGACACGACGCGACCAAGAUGUUUCUUCACUGGCUCUACUACGGCACAGCAGGCAUUGCCCGCGAGGUUGAGCAAGCCGUCGAUAGCGCUAAGCACCUCGCUUGUCUUAUCCGAGAUCAUCCUCGCUUUGAUCUGAUCUGGGAGCCUGAACAGGUUUUCGCCCAGGUCUGUUUCUACUGGAAGUCAGCAUCCACAGCUGACAAGUCUGGAGAGACACUGGCAGAGAUCAACAGUCGCAACACACGAGCGUUGUUCCAGGGGAUUGAGGAAAUGGGUUGGAAGGUGGAUUUUGCCCCGGGCAAGGCCAAGGGAGAGUUUCUUCGCAUUGCCUGUAAUCGUUUGACUACGCGCCAGACUGUUGAGAAGAUAGUGUCGGAGUUGGUGGAGUUGGGAGAGUCUCUUGGUCUAUAG